AUGGAGGCAACUAGUAAAGAUAUUCACUCUGAUGCCAAGAAAAAUGCUCAAGAUUUCCAAAUUAUCAAACAUGUACCUGAUAUUUUAGUCCAAUUUCAUCAAGUUUCUCGAUCACCUCCGUAUAGACAAACUAUACGCUGUGUCAGUAUGAUAGUAGAUAUAAAAGGAUUUACUGCUCUCUGUGAACGCUAUACAAACGAAGUUGGUUAUAGAGGCGCUGAUCAUUUAACUAAGACUCUUAAUAAAUAUUUAAGGGUAAUCAUUGAAGGUAUCCUCAGAUGUCAAGGGGAUAUAUUAAAAUUUGCUGGAGAUGCUAUUUUGGCUUGCUGGUAUGGCUGUGAUAAUAGCAGAAAAGCGGAACAAAUUAUACGAAAAGUCAUUCUUUGCAGCCUCAUGAUUGAAGAAAUAUGCACCAACUGGGAUACUGGAAUUGGGGUUUAUCUAUCAGUCAAAACAGUUAUAUCGUAUGGUGAUGUUGCUGUUUUAUAUGUUGGAAAUGAUCAAUAUGGAGUACGCCAUUUCAUCACUCAUGGUCCUAUCAUCGAUGAUAUGAGAAGGGGACAAGAAAUCGCAUCUCGCAUGAGCAUUGGAAUUACAUUAGUUAGCCAGCUUGCUUGGAAAUUCUUAGUAUCAUUCUCCAUCGAAGCUAAAGACGUCGAAUUAGGCUUUAAGGCCAUCUACAAGCAAGAAAGUAUCCAUUGCCAAAGCUUUCAAUAUCAAAUAGAAUUUCCAGUUCGAGAUAGCUUAGAAAUAUUACCUAUCCAAAAAGAUGUCGAGAAAUUUAUCUCUCCCGUGGUUAUAUCAAAGAUUACUUCCGGUGAAGGAAUUGAAUACUUAUCGGAAAUUGUUCGAGCCUCCAUAGUUUUCAUCAAUUUAGUUUUAAGUUUCGACCAUUCGAGCUCAUUAGAUUCCGGGGAAUACGCUACCAAGACCUUGCAAACUGCCUUCCGUACUGUUCAAGAAAAUAUCCAUGAAUUAAAAGGGCAUAUUAACAAAAUCUUUAUGUUUGAUAAAGGAUGCACUUUUUUAGUUAUUUUUGGUAUGCCAGGAUUUAAGUGCGAAGAUGUUGCCAAUCGCGCGGUUAUUGCAGCCGCUCGUAUUAAGGAAGGUAUUGAUCAACUCGAUAUUAGUGAUGAAAUAUCAAUUGGUAUAGCAACGGGUAAAGUCUUUUGUGGUGUUGUCGGGCACGAAUCAUUCCGCCAUGAAUAUACAGUUAUUGGUAGGAAAGUCAAUAUGGCCGCCAGGCUAAUGACCAAUUACCGUGGCAAAAUUAUUUGUGAUAAAGAUACCUAUGCAAACUCCAAACUUAAAAGAUCCAAUUUCCUUAAUUUGCAUCAGAUUGAUUUGAAAGGGAUUGGUUUAGUGUCUCCAUAUGAAUAUUCUCGAGAUAUAAAGAAAGAUAUUAUGAAAGCUUGGGUGCAAGAUAUUCGCCAAUUUAAAUAUCCGAUGAUAGGUCGUAGCAAGGAAUUAAAAGAUAUAGAGGAUAGACUUCAGCUGAUGAAGAACGAGAAUGAUAUGCAAAAAAUCAUCAUUGAAGGAACGGAUGGAAUAGGCAAGAGUCGCUUACUUUACGCUGUUUCUAACAUCGCUCAAUCUAUGGGUUACAGUGUAAUAUCGGCUGCUGGUGCAUCGGAUCAUACGGAUUCUCCGCUCUACUUGGCUCGAAUGCUAUUAUUAAAAAUUUUACAUUUAGACAUUUCUAAUGAAAAAAAAUCAUUCGAUCUAAAUCAACUGGAAGCAUCUUUAUCACGCUAUCAUUGGUACAGGGAAAAUAUUUGGUUUUGGAAAGAAUUAUUCAAUUUACAUCCUAAGGAAGACUAUGAAAAACAUGAAAUAGAUACAGCUUUACCAGAGCAGAAUAAGAAAACUUCUCACGGAGAGAUACUAAGUCGUACUCUACAGAGUUUGAUUGAAUUUAGCCACAACACUUUGAUUUUCAUCAUUGACGAUAUCCAAGUUAUUGAUCAAGAAUCCAUACAAAUAUUGAAUUAUCUCUUACGCACUACCUUAGUUAAAUUGGUAAUAACGCGUAGUCUAAUAGCCAAUGAAAUGCAACAAAAUAAAUUAGAAACUAAGAAUGACAACAGUAGCAAAAGAGAAACAUUCUAUAUCCGGCUUGAAGGGCUUACCAAAGAAGAGCUUGUUAAUUUUGCUUGCCAAGCAUUAGAAGUAACCAAAAUAACUUCUUCAUUACAACGUUUAAUUACAAAAUAUCAUCGAGGAGGUGUUCCGCUAUGGUGUGAAGAUUUACUUCAUUGCCUGCUUUACGAUGGGUAUAUCCAUAUAGUGCGGGCUAAAGAAUAUGAUAGGAUCGAUGUUCGUCGUCAUUCUAGUUCCUCUACCGCUGGAAGUAGACGUAAUUCUACCUUACUACUACCUUCAUUUUGGUUUCGACGAGCAUCAACUCGAAGUGAAACAGAUCAAGGCUCAUCUAUGGACGCUAGCCAGGAUACUACCUCUAAAAAGAGUAGUAUAGAUCAAGCAUCGACUAACCAACGCAGAAUUGCGUUUGCUACUGCCAAUCCUGACUAUUUACUCCCCUCCACAUUAGAAGCAAAUAACAUUUGUGCCAUUCCUAAUGGCAUUUCAUUAUCAGCUAUUAGAAUACCUGAUCCGAUAGCAUCCGCAAUUCAAGUCAAAGUAGAUAAUUUAUCACAAUUAGAUCAAUUAAUCAUCAAACAUGCUGCCGCAAUUGGAGUUAUCUUUACUCUAGAUACUUUACAUGAAAUAUUAUUAGUCAAUCAAAGUAUAACUUUGGAUAUACUGCAGCAAUGCAUUAACCGACUGAAAAAGAAUCAGCUAAUAGAAUGCGGUUCCUUAAGCUAUGGCCAAGUACAGGAUCCAUCGAAGCAAUUCAUAUUGCAAAAUUCAUGCCAAUGUCUAGAGAGAGAAAAGAAAGGAUGCUAUCAAUUGCGUUUUUGUACUGAUGGCAUACAGAGCACAAUAUAUGAAUUAUUAACUACCGAACUUCGAAAAGAUUUGCAUACACGUAUUGCAACUUAUUUAGAAUCAAGAGCAUGUCAAUGUCAGUCUUGUGGUGGAAGCCUAUUUCAAACUUCUCAUCGACCAGUAUUUUAUUUGUCCAAUCGAUAUUCCAUCGCAAGCCAGCAUAGUUUAACUAUGUAUAUCCCCAAAGAUAACGAUAAAAGUCAGCCUACGAAAUUUAAUACACCCAAUCAAGAUCAAAUAUUAUAUGGCCGAAAAAAAAGUAAAGCAUUUCCUGAUGCAUUAUUUAAGCGCCGCCAUACAUUACAAACUGAAUCGGAAUUCUCUUCAAGAAAAAAGAAUCAUUCUAAACGUCGCUUUACGCUUCAGGAAUUAUCUAAACUUCAAGGUGAUGAAGAUAGCAAUCGUUUAAGAACUGGUGUGAGUAAGCAUCAGGAAACGAGUUCUACAUCCAAUCUGAAUCAUUUACAAAUGAAUAAAAGCAAUGCUAUACGAUUGGAAGAAAUCAAUGAGAUUCAUUUCGAUAAGCAUCAUCAACAGGAUGAUGAUCCUAAACCCUAUCAUGAUAUUCAAACUAUGGAUGAAAAUCCUUCUACCCUUGAAGAUUCUAACAUGAACAAGGGCUCGAUAAGAUUAGCAAGAAAAAGUAAUCGACGCCGUUCUAGUAAUCGCUAUCGUCGAAUUUCAUUGUCAUUUUUACGUCAAAAACAUGAACGAAGUCUGUCUUAUAAUACUAGAACUGGAGCUAAAAGCCAACCUUCAUCGGCUACGAAAUUAGCCUUGAAUCAAGUUAGUAGCAUCCACGAAAGAUUGGAUAAUCCUUCUCUUGAAGGAAUGAAAGGUAGCAAUCCGAUCGAAGUAGCUAUAAUACAAGUUAGCCAAUCUGUCUUGAAAUUUAGCGAUAGUAUUACCUCAGAUGAAAUGGAAGGAUAUAAUUGGAAUCGCCGAAAUCGAGUCAAGUCUAAAUUAAAAAAUAGUAUGAUUCGAAACAGUUGGCGUAAAAGCAUCAAACUUAUGUACCGAAAAGAUCAAUAUAAAUCGCCCAAAUUGCCACAGCAGGCUUCAUUCCAACUCGAUGAUUACGAAAGCUAUCUUGAUCAAAACAAACAGCCUGAAUCUCUCUCAGUUAAUAGAACGAGUUGUUACGAUGACGUGAACUCAGCUAAUCCAACAUCCAAAUGUAAAUGCGAUAUCAUAUUAAAAUCAAUCUAUGAAGAAUUAAUCCACCAUUGGCGUUUAGCCGGGAAUACUACCAAAGUUUUCCGCUAUUUAAUUGAAAGAGGCGCUGGAAUGAUUAAUACCUCACCUAUUAGAGCUUUAAAUUAUUUACAAGAAUCUAAAAAGUUGCUAAUUCAAAAUUUAUCCCUCAAGCAAUACUACCAAAACGUCGAUGAUAUCACAAUUAGUCUACAGCUAUCUAUGCAACGUGGUGAUAAUAACGAUUUAUUUAAAGAUGAUCGAUUGGAUGUCAGUAAAGAUGAACUAUUUCAUUUAGAGCUACUGAUAGGCCAGGCUUACUUAGCUAGCGAUAAUAUCAAUCGAGCAAAAGAACAUUUCAGUCAACUACUGAAGGAAUUGAGUUGUCCACAGCCACAAAAUUUAACAAAAUGUAAGUGGCAAAUACUAGUUCAACAAAUUGUCCAAAAACACCAUCGCCAGCUACCGGAACAACACUCAGCGAAUUCGAGAACCGCGGAAGAAGAACUUAAAAUUGCUCAAGCUAAAUGCUUAGCUCAUCUAUAUUACGUCCACCGCUUAAAUAACGACAAUACUCGUGCUUACGUGACUGCUCUGUUGCAAGUGAAUAAAAUAGAACAAGUUGACCAAGAAAUUGAUCAGAGAAUUAUUGCUUAUGCAGAGUUAAUUGAAAUAUCUUUCGAUCGAAAAAUUUAUGAACUAUCUGAUCGUUUACAAGUGAAAGCCAUGCAAAGUAUCAAGGAAUAUGAAAAUGAAAUCAAUGCUAAACUUCUAGAAGCUAUGGUUCAUUUGCAGAGUGUUCUGUUAGUCACCAAAUUAGGUCGUGGAUUAUUGCAACAAGCAGUUGAACAUGGCCAUCAAGCAUUGAGGAAAGCUAACUUAUUAGUAAGCAUGGCUGAUGACCAAGAAAACAUAAAAGAAGAAUCAAACUCUAAAAUCUUUCUAUUUUGUGAGAAUAGUGAAUCACUCUGCCAUGAACAAAUUUUAAAUCUAAAGUUAUUAGCGGGAGAAAAGUCAGAUAUUUUUGGUUUAACCUGGUAUCAUUGCUGUUUACUAGACUUAAACUUAGAAAUAAAUCAACAUAUUGACGCAUACUAUACUUUUGCCAACUAUGUUGGUCAAGUAUUUUGUGAGAAAAUUCGUGACGAUGAUACAAUCUUAUUUUACUACAUCACUGCUAAUCACGCAUUAUGGAAUGCGAGACAUAAAUUAUGGAAGAUGGCAAACCAAUAUAUAGAACUCGCUACAAAUUUGGAACCAAAAUACUUUUCUAUACUGAUGGCAGCAAGAGCCUAUAGUAAAAUUGUUGAAGCUAAUUUAUUGUGUUGGGCACAGCAGAAAGGCAAUAAUAAAUAUAAGCUUCGUAGCAAAAAGUCGAUGAAAACAUUGCAUGCUAUUUCGCGGAAAUAUCCUGUUAUAAAGUCUCGUUGGAAUCAUUUACGAGCUUAUGGAGCACUUAUUGAAGGAAAAGAACGAAAAGCUAAAAAAUAUCUAGCAAAAGGCUUAAUAUCAGCUUCUAUUCCUCAGGAUCAUCGAUGGAUCAAAUGUAGCCAACAACACUGGUUUGGAAUUAAUGUAGAUAAUUGCGGGGGCCAAUUAUUUCACUUACCUAAACCGAACGGAGAUGAUUCUAUUUAA